AAGUAGUUGACUAGUAAAUAUGGUACUUGUGUCUUUUCGAGAUAUGUCUAUUGCGUGACUAAUCAAAGAUUAUUACUGUUCCGACCCUUGAUUCUCUCUAAUCUCUCUGUGUUUCUGAGGGUUGUAGAGAUUCUUUCAGUUGUGUCUGAUCAUGAGUAGUGAAUUAGGUCGUAAAUGCCAGGUGGAAACAAGGAGAUGGAUUUGGUUGAUUGCUGUUCUGUUUGCGAUGGUUGUAAUGGCUCAGUAUGUUGAACUUCCCUAUGGUAAUAUUGUAUCGUAUGUACUCCCUGAUCGUAGGCCUGAUGCACUUAUAGAUGGAGGUUCCCUUGCUGCUAAUCUAUCCAAUUAUCCUAACAAAGUGGACAACUGGACAAUUUUUGGUGAUCUGAACUAUACUAGCACAACAUCGGAAAAUGAGAAAACUGAAACCGCUCAGAUUUCUGGUGAAAAAAGUUUAACCCAGGAAAGUAACCUCACUUCAGGGAGUGAUUCUGCGUUAAAUAAGACUUCACUGAUCAGUAAGCCAGAAGAAAAUAUUGCCCCAACACCGGAAAAUAGAGUUCCAGGUGACAGCUCUAAGUCUCCUUCAUUGCCAUCACCGUUAAUGUCUCCAGCAGGGAAUAACUUGACAAAGAACAAUCCUGUACUAUCUAAUAACCCACAGAUAGCAUCAGUAAACAAUGAUACACUGGACAGUCUCAACAAGACUGAUGGACUUGGGACUCCACAAAGCAAUAAAAGCCCUCCUGUGAAGAAAAAGCCCAAGGGUUCACAAGCCGCUGUUCUUUCUAUAUCUGAUAUGAAAGAUCUGUUGCACGAGAAUCGUGCUUCAUCUUAUUCGAUGGAACCGCUUUGGUCGUCAGCAGUUGAUUCUAAAGUACUUGAGGCAAAAUUACAGAUUGUUAAUGCUCCCAUCAUAAAAGAUGACCCCAGUCUAUACGCUCCUAUUUAUCGGAAUGUUUCUAUGUUUAGAAGGAGCUACGAAAUUAUGGAACAAACACUCAAGGUUUACGUAUACAAAGAGGGGAAAAGACCAAUUUUCCAUAACCCUCAGCCAGUGCUCACAGGAAUAUAUGCUUCAGAGGGCUGGUUUAUGAAGCUACUAGAAGGAAAUAAGCAAUAUGUUACUAACAACCCAGACGAAGCACAGCUCUUUUACUUGCCUUUCAGUUCACGUAUGUUAGAAGAAACUUUGUAUGUACGUGAUUCUCACAGUCACGCCAACCUAAUAAAAUAUCUGGAAGACUAUCUCGACCUGGUUAUUGCAAAGUACCCUUUCUGGAACAGAACUGGCGGAGCUGAUCAUUUUCUUGUUGCUUGCCAUGACUGGGCCCCAGCUGAAACACGAAAACGUUUGAACAAUUGCACUAAAGCUCUGUGCAAUGCUGAUAUUAAAGAAGGUUUCAGAUUGGGAAAGGACGUGUCUCUUCCUGAAACCAUAGUUCACUCAAGUAAGACUUUGUUGAGAGACAUCGGAGGCAAAACUCCUCGUCAACGAACGACACUUGCUUUCUUUGCUGGACAGAUGCAUGGAUAUCUCCGUCCUAUGUUAUUACAACAAUGGCAAGACAAAGAUCCCGGCAUCAAGGUCUUCGCCAAACUGCCCAAGUCCAAGAACAACAAAAACUAUGUUCAGUACAUGAAGAGUAGCAAGUUCUGCAUAUGUCCAAGAGGCUAUGAAGUCAACAGUCCUAGAGUAGUCGAGGCAAUAUUCUUUGAAUGCGUGCCAGUUAUAAUAUCCGAUAACUUUGUGCCCCCGUUUUUUGAGAUUCUUGACUGGGAAUCAUUCGCUGUUAUCAUCCAAGAAAAGGAUCUUCCGAAUCUGAAGAACAUUCUUCUCUCGAUCUCAGACAGAAGGUAUCAAGUAAUGCAACAUAGAGUUAAGAGGGUACAGCAACAUUUUCUUUGGCACCCCAAGCCAGUGAAGUAUGACAUAUUUCAUAUGAUACUCCAUUCUGUGUGGUACAACAGAGUUUUUCAAGUAAAGUCCAGUUAAAACUUAAGCUGCUUAAAAAAUGUGUGCAAGAUGUUCAUGAGAUAGGGAUAGAUGUCACUCCAAUAGCUGUACAAAUUAUUUUCCCUUUUUUACAAUUUAAUUGUUAUACUUGUUGAAAGUUACUUUAAAUUUAGACAAAGUGACAGCAUGCUAGCUUAAAUAUUAAGAUGAUUUGUUUGGUUAGUUUCACUUAGAGACUAAGGUGCUAGCUUAAAUAUUAA